AUUGGAUCGGUUCGAACAAAUAUCACGUACCUUCGUAUUAUUUAUUUUAUAACAUUCUUUAUCGUCAUAUUACAAUUAUUUGGUUAUCUGAAAGUUCCGGAUCAAACGGAAGUUAUAGUUGUGAAAGUAGAGCAAUCCUAUACGAUUCCAAGUGUCCUGAAUGAGAAAUUUCAUUGAACCUCAAGGACACCUCUUCAGAUGAGAUCAGCACGCGUUCGUCGUUUUACUUUAAUUCAAACUUGAGCGUAAUAUGACUGUAUAUGUUUGCAUUGGGCAACGCUUUUACGUGCUAAAAAAGAAAUAGGAAAAGUAAUCUUUGGAAAGAUCAGGUGGCGUAUACGUAUAUUUUAGAAGGGGGAUGUUGGGGAGUAUAUGCAUCGUCGUCGACAUUCACCCAAGACGUUCGAACUGGAUCAGUUCUUCGAAAUAUCUGCGCUACGUCGUAACAAUUUCGUCCUGUUUACUUUAUUUGUUUCAAUUUACUUUCCUUGAAGUUUUCAUCCGUAUAUAUCGCGGUUUCUUUAUAGUGUUAUUGUCGAAACAGAUAAUUACGGUGCUUCUACAUCAUAACAUUAUCGUGCAUAUAAGAAACAUUAAGAAACAAAAAAAAACAAUAAUAUAUACAGAUCAUAGUCAGAUAUAUAUUUGAAAUAUACAUAUAUCGAAGAGCGGCAAAAGAACCGCCAAAUUUCAAGCUACUCAUGUUACAGGCAAAAGCAUUAGUCCUUUUAUCGGUAAUAGCAACCAUCAAAGCUUUACCAAUCGCAAAUGUUCAUGUGAAAUUCGUCUCUCGACCUCACGUAUACGAACAUGGUAUUACAACAGACGGAGAUCGUACGAUCUAUCAAAAAUCCUUUGUUUCGAUCGGACGAAGAAGCAUUCCUUCAAAUCCACGAAGACAAUUUGGAGAACGCAUACGUACCGAUUCCAACUUGCAACAAAUCCCAGAAAUUGGAAAAUACGCAACAAUAAUAAAACCGGAAAAUGCUGAAUCAUUAUGGCCAGUUGGGGUCUUCCUUCCCCCCAUAGACGUGAAUGACCUUGGUCAUAGUUCUCAAGAAUCUAGACAUAUAACGCCCGAUUACAGUAACGGCUUAGAAUAUCACGAUCCUUUGCUUCUGACUGGUACGGAAGCAAUGAUGGCGGUGAAAUACAUUUAUGGACGUGGUGAACUCUUUUACGAUGAUUUUCCACACGUACGUGCUAUAUUGCGAAAUCAAGAAGAGAGAAGAUUAAACGGCCUACACGAUCAUAUUCUAAGCAGUCUAAGGUCUAGCUCUCCUUUUUACAAAAGACACCAGCAUUAAAAAUGUAAAUUUGAAUUUGGCUAAAAAGUGAGUAGCUAUUUUCAUACAAAUUUAUACAACGAAUUCGAGCAGAAAUCCGACAGGAAAAUAAUUGCCAUCACUAACAAUAACAUGAUCUAUGAAUUAAUUAAUUUAACGUCAUUUUUAUUCAAAAUCACAAUAUUUAAUUUUUAAAUAUCAUGACAUAAUCAUCAGACACAUGAAAUAAUUUCAUAGGAUGAAAUCUAUUGUUAUUUUAAACUAAACUAAAGCAACUAAAAGAAUAUUAAUCUAUAAAAAAUCUAGAUGAACACAUAGUCAUAUAAUUAAAUAAAUUAUAAAUGCUUUAGAAAGUAGUGAUAUGCUAUUAUUAAAUAUACCAUCGAAUUGUAUAUACCAAUGUGUAAUACUUUUCACAGCAAUUUAUAUAAUUUUUUUCUAAAUUAUAUAAGAAAACAACGUGUAUCACUCUUACUCGCAUUAGAAUUAGAAUCGUAUCUCAUUCAUUACGGAAGAGUCCUGUUUACAGUUCAAGUUCAGAAUAAAAGAAAGAUAAUAAACAUCAAAAACAAAAUGAAAUAAAAAAUCGUAAUAUGA